CAGUUCUGUCCUCUAACGGCAGGCUGAACGCUGCACGCGCUGUUGUGUUUCCAGACAAGCAGAGAAGCACGAUCGCGAGACACGGAGAGGACCGGACCCGAUAUACCGGUGUCAACUCAGAAGAGACAGCUAUGACUAAUGAGACUAAUGAACUAUGAUUAAUAUCCGGAUAACCAAUAACUUGCUUGCCAAUGAGUCCCGUGGAAACAGCUAAUUGAGUGCCAAUUUUCCCGUUUUGCAUCUUGAAGUACCGGAGCUUUCUUCAAGAAGGGACCCUAAGCUUCGCAGAGAGAUGUAUUCGUCCUGGGGCAGCACAUAGGGGACAUGAUCAUCCUGGAAAAGUAGAGGCUGGCGUCUUUUCUCACUUUAAUGCUGACACAUUACUGGAUAACUGGAUAACUGUGACCGGCUGCUGUGACACUUUUUAGUUUGGUAGAAACUUAUCAACAUUACUCUGUGGGCCGAUGAACUUUGUCUGUGUCUGGAAUAUGUUGACACUCGUGACAACUUAACAUUUUUGUUCAAUUCUGUAACUAAUCCAAUACGAUUAUGUCCCCUCAAAUUGCCUUGAACACUUGUGUAAAAAACUGACUGUCAGAGGUGUUUCAGAGCUGUUCAAUAUCACAUAACUUGACAGUGUGAUUGCCAUCCUGUUCAUGUGCUGUUUCCAUUAUUUUGUCCAGCAGCUGCAGCUCCACUACAUCCUAUCUGUGCUCAGUGUGUGUGUAUCAGUGUGUGGGUUAUUCACAGUGCUGCUAUGCAGACUGACUGGAGCCACACUCAGACAGCUCGACUAUAACCCCAAUUCUGAGGCGCAGGCCUGGACUGCUUACACAGAAAGAAACCUUUACAGCUGAGGAAAGCUCCCUUCAAGUCUCGAUCCAGAGGGACGACUUGUGUGGAAUAGCAGAUGUUACACAGCUUUGUGUACUAAUGUGGAUUAUUCAGGAUGCUGCUAUGCAGACAGAGUGGAGCCACAGAAAAUCUUCUGGUAAAGUUGGAGUAACACACACGGCUGUGCAGCUUCUGUCAGUGCAGUCAGUUGAACAGCUUGUGUUACACUGUUGGCAGCUGAAGGUUUGUCAGGAAGGUGUUUUUUUUUUUGCAGGGUUUGAGUAUUAUUGAAAAAACUCAGACUGGUUAAGUAUGUGUACAUUAUGAAUUGGAAACUUUCACAUAGACUGGGACCAAAAUUUGUGCCACAAAGUGAAACACAAAAGUAUUUUCUGACUUUCUUCCACUAAAGAAGCAAAUGCAGUUCAAAGUUUUUAAAGGUGACACUUACAUAGUGAGUGAAACUUGGAACUGAGUGAAACUGUGGAAUUGAAACAUUUUGUUGGACAGUUUUGAAGACUUUGAACUCAAUACAUAGUUCAGUUUCACUUGCAUUUCACAUUUUUUGUUUUAGAUUUUUUGUUCAAAUUAAUUUCACUUCUCUGGCUUGUUAGUUACACUUAUUGUUGGGAAAUGAAGAACCCUCAUCCACUGAGUAAUACCUGGAAUAGAUCCAUUGACAAAGACCAAGUACUGGUGUCUGUGCCUGGCACUAACAAGAAGUUCAAGAGGAAGUCUCGGGAGCCUAAAAGGCUUUUCAGCGGCCCUGAGUCUGAGAGGAUGAAUACCUACCCAGCGAACAUGUCGGAUGUGGACUCGGUGGAUGACACCCAGACAGAGGCAUGUAGUGUCAGCAGGCUGAUGAUGUCACAAGAGAGGAUGGCCUGUACUACAGGGAUUAUGUCAGGACUACCAGAAGGCAACAUGGCUCCAGCUCAGAGUGGUGCCAUAGACAUGAGAAUCGGCAUUAACGUGCCUGCCAUCACUUCCAAACUGUCCCAGUUACCUGCCUCUCCAUUCUCUAACUCUGAGAUCUCCCACUGGCCCACAGCCAUCUCCCAGCCUCUGUCCAACAGACUCAAACUGGGCCUUUGCUCCACGUUCCCUCUGUCAACAUCAACCAGCAGCAGCCACAGCCAUUCACCCAGCCACCAGGCCUUCUCCCUGGAGCCCUCUCUGUCCGCUCAAAGUGCAGCUCUGUCUCUCCCAAGAGCGUCCCAGACGUCCCUGUGUUACGACCAUGAGGAGCCCCAAGACCAGUCACCUCAGGAUUCUCCCAGGAGGCAUGUUGGGAUGAGUGCUGAUGGAACUGGGCGUCUCCCAGAGGUCAAAGCCAUUCAGCAGACCAGGAGGCUUCUAGCCAACGCCCGGGAGAGGACCCGCGUCCACACCAUCAGUGCUGCGUUUGAGGCCCUGAGGAAGCAGGUGCCAUGUUACUCUUAUGGGCAGAAGCUAUCCAAGCUGGCAAUAUUACGUAUAGCCUGCAACUACAUCCUGUCUCUGGCUCAGUUGGCUGAGCUGGACUACAGUUCAGAGCACGACAGUCUGAGCUUCUCUCAGUGUGUGGAGCAGUGUACCAGAACCCUGCAGGCCGAGGGGAGGAGCAAGAAGAGGAAGAUGGCUGAUAGUUUCUUAAACUCUCAGUUGCAACAUCCGAGCAUAAGGGCAGCGUUACUGAGAACAGGCUGGAGCAAUUUCAAGGAGUGAAGCUGGUCCCACACGUGACCCUCUGACAAAGCUACGAGGACGCAGAAUACUGGGAGGACAAAGGACGAGAUGAAGUAGAUAAAUGGAAGAGUGAUCCGGAUGAACUCAUUAGUUACUAACAUUAAUACUUAUCUGAGCGGAAUUUUGAAAGUUCUGUUCAUCAAGGUCCAAGAACAACAUCUGACACAACAAAAGAUGCAAAGUGACGUAGGGACUAAAAGCUUCACAUGUGUAUCCAGCUACAUAAUACAUACAUUACUGUGCUCGGAUUGUGUAUUGGAGCCACUGCUGCCUUGUCUAUGUGUGUUUCAGUAUGUAUUUCCUGACACGCCCACCUUUGAGCUGGCAAACUCAUUAUAAGCACAAAGCUCGUCUGGUGUGUGUGAAGCUCUAAACUAAACGUUACUGCAGAUAUUCAGAACAGUCACUGCAAGUCAAGCAUCUCAUUCAUUAAGCCCUUUUCUAAAGUAGAUGUUUUUAUAGUUUAUAAGCCUGUUAUAUUUCAAAAUAUGCCAAUUAUCUUUAUUUUAUUCACUACAAAUAAAAAUAUUUAAAAAAUAUC